AUGGUGACGAUUGAUGACAUAACAACGAAAAUCAAAGAUGAUCAGCCGAUAACAGGAAAGAUUUUGAAGAUCGCCCUUCAAGCUGUGUAUCGUCUGAUUUCAUCUGAAAAUUCACCGAAAUUUUCCGACAUCGCAACACAAAACGAUGAGACAAAAGUCAAGCUAAAAACAAUGACAAAAAUAAUUACAACAAUAGUUUCUCAAAACCAUCCCCCUCGAAUCCCUUCACCCGUCUUAACCGUUUUCCAGGACGAAGGGACAACACCUCGCACCACAUCAACGCCACGUGUCAUUCCAGAGGCCUCUCCCAAUUUGGACGAGCUUGAGAAACUUGAGAAAAAGCUCAAGAAAAUGGGGCAACAGGAAAAGCGCGAAAAUUUGAAGAUCCAGUCGGACGAGUUUGUGAAAAUGACGCAACAACUUUCCCCACGGGGCACUAUAAAGUCGCCACGUGUCUCCACAUCACGUCAUAAAAGUGAAAGUCUGGUGAGUCAAGAGCAGUUACAAAUCAUUGGGAGUUAUCGAGAAACUCUGGCGGAGUGGGUUGGCUUGAAGAAAUUUUCAGUGGUGUAUGACUCAAAGGAAGAAAGGCAAAAAAUGGGAGAAAGCGGGAAAAUUAUGGAGGAGAAAACGCGGGGGAAAGAGAAUUUGGUAUUUUUGAGUUUUGAUGAGAAACAAAACGUUUUUGGAAUUUUCACGAAGUACGGAAUAAGCGAGGGGAAAAUCAACGAAACGAAAAGUCAAGAGGAAAUCUUUUCGUUUUUGUUGCAAAGUAAUAGAAAGGGAUUUAAAGAUCCAAUUAAAUGGAAUACAAAACGAAAUGUGAAGUGCGGGAUUUGUAUUAAAACGAAUUCGUCGGUACUCUUUACGUUCGGAGAUUUAAAUGGAAAUUCUUUUGCGGAAAUAACAAAAACGUGGAUGAAAGAAUCAUGGUGUCAUAAUCUCAGCGGAGCUUUUGACGGAAUGAAAGACGAAGAUUUGAUUGGCGAAAACGAUACCCCAUUUAUGGUACAGAGAAUUUUCGUGUUGGAAUUUUUCUGA